UUCGUGUGUGACUAAUCUGAUCGUUAAAAUCAUAUACAUGUAAUGAAACUGGAUGCAAGUACAUUUUCUAAACUAUGCUGCAGAUCGCACUCUAAAAAGUGUACUUUAGUAUUAAAUAAUGAAGCUGAACAAUGCUGUAUGUUAAAAGCAGAUACAAAGAAUCAGAAUAACAAGCAGUGGUUGUUUAACAAGUUUAUUUUGCAAUUUAUUUACGUAUGUUAUAUUUUUGUUUCUGUUUAAAGGUUUUUCACCUUUCUGCUACAACUCAUGUUAGUUUCAUCAUAAUUGAUGAAAAAAUAAAAGAGUGGAAUCCAGUUAAGGUCUCCGUUGAUGAUGUGUUUCUCCCUUUCAAGCGGGGAAAUUGUGCAAUAAAAGAAAUAGCUUGACAGUGAAAAACCGGGAUACCAGUAGGAGCUGGAAACCUGUGAGACUCAAAUAGGGAAGUUAGAAGAAGAGAAAAUAUCUCUCAAAGAAUUCUAUAUUUCGUCCUGACCUGUUGAAAGACGUCAAAAUGGCAGUCGAGGCAGUAGGGAAGUCGCUCGAACAGCUUAAAGCAGAGAGGACAGUGGAAAAACGGGCAUUCACACGUCUAAUCAACACUAUGUCAAGAACCUGUAAAGAGAUGACGGAGGAGGAUCUUCGAGGCAGUCUAAACAAACUCACAAAACAAACAGAGAAAGUCAUGGAAGUAAAUGACAAUCUUGAAGCAGGCAUGAUUGCAGAAUUAGAGGCAGAGCUGGACGCAGACAAGUCAGCUGUGUUAUCAGAGCAGCAAAAAGAUGACCUCGCAAAAACUACAAGCGAAUGUGAGUUAAAACUGAAUGAAACUAAAGCUCUUCUUCAAGAAACUCUAUGGGUCAGAUAUGGAGAUAUGGAAUUGUCCACAGCACUGCAGGUUGCUGAAGCUGAGAGUGAACGAGUUGCGGCAGUAGUUCCAGAUGGCAAUCAUGAAGCAUACGACUUCAUGCUCACUCACCUUCAAAAUUUGACGAAGAUUGCAAAAGAUCUGUACAGCAAAUGGCAAUGGUGUAUCCCAGCAGGUGAUGAGAAAAACUUCUGCCAGUGGCUGAGAAGACUUGAACUCAGCGUUACCAGAAAGAUUUGCAGAAACUGCAAGUGCGGUGUUGAGGACCAUGACGUGCAGCUGGAGACUGAGGAGAAUAAGAAGGUGGGGAAGCUUUUUGAGGACACCAAAUACACGGGUCUCAUAGCCAAGCUGAAGAGAGAUGGCGUCCCGUCUUACAAAGGCAACCAAGUUGUCAUCUGCAUCCCAACUGCCACCGUUAGCACUGCUAGUCCUGUUCCUGCUGCCAGCUUUAUCCCUGGAUCCAGCCAGACCUUCACUCCCAGUGGCCAGUCUCCUUAUUCCCCACCUUCUGCUGCCGCUGCGGCUUCAGGUGCUGCGGUUCAGUUCCCUGCUCCACCUGCAGCAGGCCCUACUGCUGUCCCAGGGACAGGCUCCAGUGCUGCCCCGGGAUCGGGCCGCACUGCUGCAUCAGGGCCAGGCCAUAGUGUGGUUUCGUCUGCUGCCAUCCCAGCUAAAGGCUCUGUUGCUGCCACUACUGUUGUUCCAACUCCUACACCAGUGCCUGCCAAAACAGAUGUGGUUAAGUCUGUUACCUAUGAAUGGGCUCCACCUGGCAUCAACCAAAGCUUGGCUCUGCGAUACAUGGAGCUUCUGCCUCCAGAGCGGCGGCCCAUCGCUGGUACUGCGGGAGCAGAUUACCGUAAGAAGCAGAUGGCCAAGCAGCUUCCCGACCACGACCAAGACCCCGAGCGCUGCCACGAACUCUCGCCCGGUGAGGUUAAGCAAAUGCAGCAGUAUGUCCGCAAGUACAAGGACGAGGCGUUGGGUAUUGGUGACAUCACCCUGCCAGAAGAGAUGGGACAACAGGCAGGUAUGGCCGGGGAAAAGGGGCCUCAAGGGAAACCUGGUGCUGGAACGACAGGGGCGCCAGGAGACAAAGGUGACGCUAUUGCUACAGUGGGAAAAGUUGGUGCCCCAGGGGCUGCUGGGACUUCACCCGCUGGACCUGUUGGUAACUACUCAUGUCACCGCUGCCAGCUGCCCAUGAAGAAGGGUGAGCCGGCGGUGUACGCCGAGCGGGCAGGCUACGACAAACUCUGGCACCCGGCGUGCUUUGUGUGCUGUACCUGCACCGAGCUACUGGUGGACAUGAUCUAUUUCUGGAAGAAGGGUCAGCUGUACUGUGGCCGCCAUUACGGAGACAGCGAAAAGCCUCGAUGUGCAGGUUGCGAUGAGCUCAUCUUCAGUAAUGAGUACACCCAGGCUGAGGGCCACAAUUGGCACCUGAAGCACUUCUGCUGUUUUGACUGUGACUGUGUGCUGGCUGGAGAGACCUACGUCAUGGAGAAUGAAAAGCCUGUUUGCAAACCCUGCUACAUGAAGAACCACGCUGUGUGUUGUGCGGCUUGUCAGAACCCCAUCGAGCCUGAAGCUCAGCGAGUGUCGUAUGGAGAACACCAUUGGCACGCUGAACCCCAGUGCUUCCAGUGCUCCUGCUGCUCCAAGUGCCUUAUGGGUCAGCGCUUCAUGGCCAUGCAGGGCAUGCUGUUGUGCUCCAUGGAGUGCAAGAAGAAGAUCAUGGCCUCCUGAAGGAGUAUCUAGGAUUUAUUUUUUUGGGAAAGUGCUUUGAGCACUGCAAGCCAGUUUCUCCCUAAUGCAGUACACAUAAAUAUAUACUACCAUCAUUUUAUUGAAUAAGUAAUGUAUUUGUAUGACGCAUCUUAAUUCUUCAUGUUCUUCUUGUUAUUCCAAGUCAGUAUGAUUUUUGGGAAAUAAUAAGCAAUACGGUGGAGCAGAUACUGGAGACCCAAGUUAAUGAGUAUUGUCAAUGUGAUUGUCUUUAUUAUUAAUAAUUUAGUAUUAAUAAACAGAAGCAAUGAUGGCUUUUGUUCUUUGGCUACUGAAUAAUCGAUUUUACUCUCAUUCCUUGUAUCUACAGUUGCACUUUUUUUGUCGUCGCUUUCACUUUGUAAUCCAAUAAAUGUUUUGCAGUAAUAUGAA